CCAUAGCAACCUCGCUCCACCUACUCCUGGCUCCUCCCCUCAGUCUGGCUCCUCCCAGCGCUCUCUCCCCCCCCAUCGCCAGCCCCACAGCACACAGGGGGAAAAGACGGAUUGGAGCGACCGGAGCUGGGCGGGAGCGCGGGACUGUCGGGCCGACAAGACGUGAUGGCAGCGGAGGGAGUGGGACAGGUCACAUUUGAUGAUGCUGCCAUUUAUUUCUCAGAGGAACAAUGGAGCAAUCUGGAGGAGGUCCAGAAGAAAGUCUACAAGGAGCUCAUUAAAGAAAUCUAUGAAAUUAUGCUUUAUUUGGGAUACCGAAUACCAAAGCCAGAAAUCGUUUCUCGGAUUGAACGAGGGGAAGAACCAUAUGGUGUUGUCAGUAAGAAACAAAAGCUUCAGGAGCCCCAGCCAGAGGGCCCCACUGCUGGCAGCAAAGAAUCAGAACCUGAAGUAAAAACAGAGCGCCAGUCUCCUAUCCCUUGCAACUCUGUCCGGCCUGGGGAGAUCUCCUCCUCGCAGGAGAAGGGCCAGGGGUCCCCUUGUCAGAACUGUGGGACACACUGCAACAACCAAUGUGGCUUGAGUUUCCAGUGGAAUGCACAAAGAGCGUUUCAUGGAUCCCCAGGAGAUAGGAGCCAGGGGAAAAGAUACGUGCCCCCUCAACCCCUGUACUAUACUGGAAACCCAACCUCCCCUUCUUAUACCAGCAACGCAAAUGGAAUGAUUCAUCCAACAUCCCCAGUGGCGAGUUAUGGUAACACAGCAAUGGGGCCGUUAUCUCCGCAAUGCCCUGGCUACCGAAUCAUUGAUCCCAGUUCACCCUUUGCUGGUCCAGAGAGACUGGGAAAUCCAAUGUUUGGAAACUUUGAAACAAGCCCACAGGCCUCUCAGGGCCCUGCUAUGAGCAGUUUGGGGAAUCUGGAACAGGAAAACCGAAACAGGAGGGAGCAGUUUCCCAGGGAACCCCCAUUCCCUCAUCAUGUGCCCCCAUUCCCGGACAGAAGGAAUAGUGGGAUGCCAUGUGCAGGCUGCGGCUCCUUCUGCAAUAACCAGUGUCCCAUGAGCCUUCAGAGGAUGCUUCAGCCAGCUCCUGUUGUUGUUGACGGGCACCAAGGAAUCCGUUUCACUUCUGCCCCAAAUCCAUAUUUUAAUUCAAAUGCACAUUCAUCUCAUUUUGCUAACGGCAGACCUGUGAUGAGAUAUCCUAAUCCUCCGGGAAUGGGACCAAUUUCCCCACAGUUUGCUGGCUAUCGGAGGCCCGGAGACCAAACUGGACCCAACAUGCUGCGUGGAAGGCCUGAGAAUACUGUGGCAAGUCUGGGAAGUAAUGCAGCUAAUGGUCUCACUCAAGGGGCAAAUCAAGGAAGUAAAUUAUCUGCAACCAGCAGUGGGAAUCAGAGGAGAUCACAAACACUGUCUCCAAUGGGUCCUCUUGAGCCAGUUCCUGUGCCUACCAUUAGUGGCAGCCCUGGUGCUGUUCAUGAGCAGAGAAAUAGACAUUCCGUGGCAACAAUAACCAGCAGUGAGAGCUUCCGAGAUAAGAUGCCUUUGAACACUAGUAAAAAGCCAGAGAGCUGGCGCUUCUCUGAGCAGGGAGGGAAUAUGAUUGCCAGAGGUGUGCAGCCUGUUUCACAGACACAAGUCGGCAAAACUGUACCUCAGAAGGCAGGGGAAGCAACAAAUAACAAAAGUUACUUCUCAUCUGAUAAAACUCCCAUAGCUAAAAAUGGAAAACCGACAUUCUCUGGUGCUCUGACGCAGGAGGCUGGACAUGUGGGAGUUACAGCCAGUGGUGGAGAUAGCGGUAUGAAACGGCCAACGCCACCAAUCCCCUCUGAUAUUGUCCAGGCUCUCAAGAGAGCCAGCCCUCUGUCUGUGCAUAAUGAGGGUCCUAGUACAAAACGUGCUACACCCCCAGUGGCUAUUGGUAACCACCCCAGUACUUCUAGGACAACACCACCUAUAAACAAGCCAGUAAAUCGUUUUACACCUCCCAUUAUAAUUACUGAUGAUCUGGAUGUAAAAAGAACUACACCCACAGAUGCCAAAGACGGGAAGUCAGUGAGACGGAGUACGCCUCCUAUUACUAUCAGCAGGAUCCGAAAUGCUGGAGUUUUUCUGCUCCCGCAGUCAAAGAAUAAGAAUAGGGAAACCAGUAACAGCGCACCAGAUAUCAUCAUAAUUGAUGAUAAAGAUCCUAAACCCAAGAGCCUGCCAAAAUUAUCCGAAAUUUCCGCAAGCAAAGAAGUAAAAAGUUCUUCCAAUGGAACUCCUCUUGCCAGUAACCCUAAAAGCAACGGAGACAACCUUGCCACCUCUUCCCUUCUAAAAACCCAGACUCAGACUCUGCCACAAAGUGGCCCAGUAUUAGUUAAUAAAGUGCAAGUACAGCAGCCAGCCCCUAUUAUUGUUACUGGAAAUCCAGGUAUGGCUAACCAGUCCCUUCCUGUAGCGGUUAACGGAAAUCAGAGCAUUAUGCUGACAUUCCCAGUUACCAUGGGUAGCUCCGGUAUUAUGUUAGCUACACCUAUGAAUAUCGGAGAAAACCAGAUUGCUGGUGUGAAUCAAGGUAACCGGGUGCCAAUAAGCAAGAACCCAAGGUUUGUAUCAAAUAAUACAGUUCCACUAAAUACACGGCCAGCAAAUGCCAAAUUUGCCCCCAUGGCUGUCACACCCAUAAUUAGUCAAGCAAACCGUGUCCCUGUACCUCUUCAAACCAAUCAACCCAAGCCCAUUACUGUUAACGUCAGUCAGCCAGCAGCCAAUAUUGCCAGUAGUCUGAAUAUGCAAAAUAACCUUCCACGGGUCAACAGCGGAACCAUAAAUGCAGUUCCAGUAAAGGCUUCUGGGAAUCAAGCAAUAGGCCAGGCCAUACCUCUUUUUGUUGAUGCAAAUUCUGGUUUAAUUCUGACAGCGCCCACAGUUACUUCCAAGGAUGCCAUCCCUUCUGGAAUAGGCAAUGCUACUGUGGUCACGGUAAAUGGCAACGUAGUUACUGGAAACGUGGCACCUAUGGCUCUCGGUGGAAAAUUAGCUUUUAGUAAUAUAGCCCCGGUCAAUGUAAAUGGAGGUCUGGGCAUCGGGAAUACUGCCACAUUUAUUGCUGUCGAUGGGGCUUUGGGUAUUAGUAAUGGAACUCCGGUAACACUCACAACCAGUGCCACUGCCAAUAAUAAUGCAAAAGCCACAUUGAGUAUGAACAACCCAACUAUUUUAACUGUCAGUAGUGGCUUGGGCAUCGGAAAUGCAGGGGCAAUAAGAAACCCAGUUGGAAAUAUUACUCCUAUUAAUGCCAGUAGGACAAUACAAAUUGGACAGCCUUCUACCUCCACUGUUCUUAAUGCCGAUCAGCAGAAUACAGGCAUUGUAAUACGAAAGAUCAAUGAGACUUCUGGGCCUGUAGUCCAACAGACUUUAGCCAACACCAACCAGACCCCUGUAACGGUAGAGAGACUGUUUAAAUGUAGUCAGUGCGAAGAACGUUUCACCAGUCUUGAAACACUUACCUCCCACCAAAAAGUUCACGAAGGGGCAAACUCCACUGCAGAAAAUGGUCAGGCGUCUUCCAAAGUCCCCUCUGAAACAGAAGAUGCCAGUGGGGUAACCGACGAGGACGCUCCGAAAAUUCUUUACACCACGCAAGGAGAUGAUGGAAGCACUGUUUCUAUGGUCUAAUGGAGUCUAAAGCUGGCCAUACAUACAGAGAUCUGCUGGUUUGGCGACCUUGAGGUAGGCGAUAUCUGGCUAUCCUAUCGUGGGCCCAACAACUGGAUCACAAAGAGUAGAAUACCGGCUUUAGGUAAAGGAACACAUCAAAAAAUGUGGUCCUUGAUCCGACUGGAUUUUUAAACCUGCCCAAUUUUUGGCUGCUUAAUCUGUCAGCAGUUUAUAUCUGCCCGUGUAUGGGGACCUUAAGGGCUAAGCUAUACGGGAGAUUUUGUAGGAUGAGACGAAUUGACAGAACGCAUCCCACAAGCCAGAUGUAGCCACAUGGAUCAAAAUAUAAUGGGACUGAAACAAAAAUCUGAUGUGUAAAUGACAUGAAAUAUUUGCCAUCUGACGUGACAUAUCUGUCGGAUGCAAACGCUGCAUGCUGUGUCUUCAUCCGACGAGAUAGAAUCUAAUGGUGUCGGACCGACUUUUUCUUCUCAUUGAAAUUAAUGAAAUGUCGGAUGUAGAUGCAUAAACAAAACACACCAUAGCACAACAUUAUCUGAUCCAAUUUACAUAUUACAGCUUUGGGAAUCCGAUCUUGUAUGAUCCUACAAAAUCUUGUGCUGUUGCAUGUCAAGAGCAGAUAAAAUCUGACCCAUAAAGUCUGAUCAAUAUCUCCUGUGUAGUUUAGCCCUAAAUGUUUGGAAUAUCUAAUAUAAACUAUCGGUUGGAGAACUCCUCAUUCUUACUUUCACACAGUAUAAUGGAAUCAAGAUAUGGGAACAUCUCAAAAGAAAACGUCUCGAUUUUCUACUAUCCAAUGUCUUUUUGUGUGUGUCGAAUUGUUGAGGGAUUUUGUGCAUAUCUGAUGUUAAUGCCGUAUAUACCAUUACCGAAUUAAAUUGGAUUGACUGCCAAUGAUUUGAACUGUAAAUAUUUUUAUAUAUGUGUUUUACAAGAAAAAUUUUAGAAGUUCUUACGUUGUCGGCUCUACCUCAUGGCGUGAUUUGAGGUUCUAUACCUUUCUUUUGCUUCCCCCCCCCCAAUUCAUACUUCAUGAAAUAAAUAUUUUACCACUC